AUGGAGGCUUCUCUUGCUGCCUGCAUCCUCGCUGCUCUCCUGGCUACGGCGGGACAGAAGACUCAGAGCACUCUCAAGGGCUGUGUGACAUCCAGCGUAUGUAAAGUUGGCCCCACCUCUGUUAAUUAUGGGAACGGAAUGACAACAAGGACGACCUUUGCCUGCUGCUUGGGAGACGCCUGCAGAACAACGACCAUGACAGCGUCCCCGGCUGACACCAAACCCAAUGGCCGGAGCUGCCAUUUCUGCAACUCUUCAUUGCUACAUCAGUGCAUAGAAAGGACCAUAGAGUGUGCUGGAGCUGAGACCCAAUGUGUCCAGGCUGGUGUACUUGGCACAUCGAACUUCGUGCAGGGCUGCGCUACCGAGUCCUUUUGUGCACUAUCAAAAAUCGAUUCUGGGAUCUUCGGAAGGCUUGAUCCAACUACGAUCAACUGCGCAGCAGCCUCCGGAGGGGCCGGCCCAGCUCUGGGACCCGCCGGGCUCCUCCUUCCCGCCCUCCCUGGGCUCCUCCUGCUGAAGUUUCUCUCCUGAUUCCCCACUCAGUGGCCACACCACACUCAAUCCCACCCCGGCUGCAUGUGCCUGCAGAGGUCAGAGCAGAGGCAAGUGGCAGCAGAAGGUGACCAACAGGCAGUUGGUGGAGCGGUGAGCAUCCGGCCAGCAGAAGGGAGGAACAGAACAGAUGGCUGGCAGGUUGGCCAGCCGGAUCAAGUGCUCAAAUGGCGGCGCAAGCAAGGUGCCUUU